CUAGCAUCACUUCCUCAACAGCACUAAAGGAUAAAAUGCUGCAGUAUAUCAUAGUGUUUUACGCCAUAAUAAACUCUUGGACACUCUCCCAGAGUACCACUGAACAAGUACCGGAAAUACAUUAUCAAGACUGACCAGAAGGUCUUAUUGACUCUGGUCGUCUAUGUUACGUAGUAACCGCAAAAUCUACAUUCCCGCCAGAAUGCCCAUUCGAAAACGCCAUGCCCUUCGAAUAUUCUAAACAUAUUGUCACAGAGAAUAAAAUCGGUCCUGUGUGGAUGCCUGUGGAACGCGAUGUUUCAAACCGUCUAGGGUUUCUACAAUGGACCGAACCCGGUGCCAACUACAAGAAAACGUUUGAAGAAAACCAUUUUUAUGAUGGACGUAUUGAGGGUAAAAAUUGUCUUGUGUAUUACAACAGUUCGUAUAUGAAAGCUGUGUCGUGUAUUGAAGUCCAUGUAGGGAUAUGUUCGUAUGAAAAAAUACAUCAUUGGGAUACUUACUCUAAUAAAUGUGAUGAAUAUGAAGACUGCGUAGAAUUGAACGUAGAGGAACCGAAGUGUAUUUGUGCUGCGAGUACACUGAACAUAGAAAAUUAUAGUACAGCAAAGUUCUUAGAAGUUUAUGCAAAUGUAGUACGCAAUUUGUCGUCUGAGAAAGAAUGUCGUGCAGAAAUCGAGAUACUAGGACAAAACCGUAUUUUUGCUAAGACGGAUUUACAAGUAAGAGUGGAACCUGUGACCGAUAUAUUUUUAUCAGGGACUUGUGAGGGAAUUCAAAGAAAGUUUACUUACGACUUUACAGAAGAGACGAUCAGGGUAAACUGGAAUGGAGAAAAUGCUCUUAUCGUGAAUGUCUUGAAUGUUUAUGGUUUUAACCAAAUUUCAACAGUUUCUGCGAUUUAUUGCUUUACCGAUGCCAACUCUACAAGUAUGCUGUAUCGGUAUCCAAAGCUCGAAACGGUGUUAAGUGGCAGUGGCAACCAAACAUACGAACUUCCACUCCUUGAAUAUCGGUCCGGACAUUACUGGUGCGAAGCUGGCAGUCGAAGAAAGUGUGAUCUUCAUCUACUUGUUUGAUACUUUGGCCACGUUGCAAGGGUUUGUCUUGUUUCUUUUGUAUGUAGUUUGUGACAAAAGUGUUAAGGAAAUGUAUUGGAACAAAUUUCAAAGAGCUAAGUACACCUCUAGUGGAAUGCUAAGGUUGGUUUUUUCGUCCGAUUCGAGGUACAGAAGACGGUCUCCCGAGCCCGAAAGUUCACCACUAUUCAUGAAUUAAUAAAGUGUUUUUUUAUUUUUAACUUAGUGUUUAUUUUGUCCCAAAGAAGCCGACAAGUUCUUAUCGUGAGAGAUUAAACUGUUUACGUGUUCGCACGAUUUUUUGUAUGUAGUAUAGCACUCUGAUCAAAAUUGUUUACCAUUCUUUAGUCCUUCGUUUUUUAGUUUUUUUCACUGAUAAAAUCUUUGAAGGAAGACCAGUAGUUUACUACGGGCAAAAGAUAAAUAAUGAUAAGGUAGUACCAACAUUACACGUUGUGGUAGAAGUCGUUAAAUUAGAAAUGAAUUUGUGCUGAGUCAAGAGGAAAAAUAACAUUUUCUGCUAGCAUCACUUCCUCAACAGCACUAAAGGAUAAAAUGCUGCAGUAUAUCAUAGUGUUUUACGCCAUAAUAAACUCUUGGACACUCUCCCAGAGUACCACUGAACAAGUACCGGAAAUACAUUAUCAAGACUGUCCAGAAGGUCUUAUUGACUCUGGUCGUCUAUGUUACGUAGUAACCGCAAAAUCUACAUUCCCGCCAGAAUGCCCAUUCGAAAACGCCAUGCCCUUCGAAUAUUCUAAACAUAUUGUCACAGAGAAUAAAAUCGGUCCUGUGUGGAUGCCUGUGGAACGCGAUGUUUCAAACCGUCUAGGGUUUCUACAAUGGACCGAACCCGGUGCCAACUACAAGAAAACGUUUGAAGAAAACCAUUUUUAUGAUGGACGUAUUGAGGGUAAAAAUUGUCUUGUGUAUUACAACAGUUCGUAUAUGAAAGCUGUGUCGUGUAUUGAAGUCCAUGUAGGGAUAUGUUCGUAUGAAAAAAUACAUCAUUGGGAUACUUACUCUAAUAAAUGUGAUGAAUAUGAAGACUGCGUAGAAUUGAACGUAGAGGAACCGAAGUGUAUUUGUGCUGCGAGUACACUGAACAUAGAAAAUUAUAGUACAGCAAAGUUCUUAGAAGUUUAUGCAAAUGUAGUACGCAAUUUGUCGUCUGAGAAAGAAUGUCGUGCAGAAAUCGAGAUACUAGGACAAAACCGUAUUUUUGCUAAGACGGAUUUACAAGUAAGAGUGGAACCUGUGACCGAUAUAUUUUUAUCAGGGACUUGUGAGGGAAUGCAAAGAAAGUUUACUUACGACUUUACAGAAGAGACGAUCAGGGUAAAGUGGAAUGGAGAAAAUGCUCUUAUCGUGAAUGUCUUGAAUGUUUAUGGUUUUAACCAAAUUUCAACAGUUUCUGCGAUUUAUUGCUUUACCGAUGCCAACUCUACAAGUAUGCUGUAUCGGUAUCCAAAGCUCGAAACGGUGUUAAGUGGCAGUGGCAACCAAACAUACGAACUUCCACUCCUUGAAUAUCGGUCCGGACAUUACUGGUGCGAAGCUUUUAUUUACACCAGAUCGAAGCCAAUAAAAAGUGAUGUGAUAUACGUCGAAAAAAAUACGUUUCCUCAAAACUAUCUUGCAACCUAUCGUUUAGAAUAUCCGAAAGGAGUCAACCCCCUGAGCCCCAGUAUUCUUAAUGUACUUGCGAAAUUUGUAAACGAUCGUGUCUGGUGUUUGCACCAAAUCGUAGAAAUAGUUAAGUUAGACGAAAACAAACAGCAAAUUUCAUUCACUGUUCGUUUUAACUGUUUAGAAGAAUUUUCGCCUGUUUAUUUGAAUUUUACUAAUAUUGAAACGAUGAAUAUACGAGGUAUAGACUUCUGUCCUACUAUUGUUGAAGAGAAUGUAGUGUGGAAAGAAGCAGAAUGGGGAACUAAAAUUUAUUCAAAAGAAAUGUGUUUCCGUAACACAAGUCGAAUAAAAAAAAUGUGCGAUAGAGAUGAUUUUCGUGGAGCACACUGGACGACUUUUUACAGUUAUUGUGACGUUGCAAAACUAUCAUCGGUAUCAGACAAACUGCUGGAAUAUUCGAUGAGCGAACAGUUCGACAAACUUAAAAAUUUAUUAAAAAAUUUUACAGAACUGGGUCGUCAUGAUGUUAACAUUAUUGCAAAUUAUGUAAGGUAUUAUGAUUUUCAACGCAAUGAGAUUUUGGACUUAGUGGAUAUUGUUUUAAAUAUUGAUAGUAGCAUACUAAUGGUAUCACAAACAGCAGAGUUCUGGAUUAAAACAGUUCAGGAGUACGCUUUAGAGCGUGAUUCUUCUAACGAUCAUAUUAAAAGAAAAAAUUUUGCUUUUUUGAGAUCGUCGUACGGAGUAUUUGUUCAAAAAGAUGAAACCGAACUACAGAUAUACAAAUUACGUUAUCCCAUAAAACCUGAGGAUGUAACAGAAUUAGAAAAUGUACACAGUGCUAUGUGGAUAGAAACACAGGACAGCGAAUUAUUAAGGCAACUGUCAUUUCUUUUUUUUAGAAGACAAGGUUUUUUUUUCGAUACACGGCCUUUUGUAACCAAGAAUGUUCUUAACGUGUUUGUAGUUCAACGUUUGGCGUUUUUUCCAGUAUGGAUUGCUCACAAAGCUGACCACGAUACAUAUAACAAAAUUAUAAAGUGUGCCUCCUGGAUUCAUUUGGAAGCAGAUAGUGGUGCAUGGAUUCUAGGUGGAGAACUUUUCAAGCUUAAAUCUCAUUUUUUUUGUCGGUUUCGAAAUUAUCAUAAACUUGUUGAUUUAGAGCCUGACUAUACUAGCUUACUUCGUGAAGGUCGUGGUUUACAUGAGGGUGGCGGACCUCGUGAAGGUCGUGACUUAUUAAUUCGCUCCUUUCGUUCAAACUAUCAAUAUUUUGGCAUAAUAGGAUUGCCUGCUGUUCAAGUAACAGACGCCUUGUUAGAGAUAUUUGCGUCGAAAAGUAGUUCCAAAGAAAUUCUUGCAAGUCUGCUUCAACUAACAUUCAGAUACGACGAAUUCCUUUCUUUCGAUAUUUUCCUCACCGGCAAAAUUUUCAAAAAUGUACAUGAUAAUAGAAACGCUGAUCUAAAAAUCUUGGGUGAAAUAAUAAACAAUUUACAAAAAAUUGACAAGAAGGUAUUGCAAGACAGCCAAAGAGAAUACAACGCGACAGAUAUCAUCCUCCACUACACUGAUGCCAUUCUCAAAGAGUCUCCAUGCGAACAACAGUGUUUAGUCAAAACCGACAGCUUUAUAACUCUGAUUUACAACCGACAAGACGCUACAUUUGGUGGUUUCGUGCUCCUGAACAAUUCCGAAGUCGCCAUUCGCACCGAUACUGUAACUCCCUCGGAAUUAAGCAAGUACAAAAAUUUUGACAGUGCUGUAAUACUAAGUCCCGAACUCAAAAACUCAACAAAGUUUGACGAAACCACGAAAGUGAUUGUUAGUAUUUUUUACAAUGACGCUUUGUUUAACGAGAAAAGUUCGAAGAUUUUUCCUUAUAACGUCGUCGGUAAAAUCUACAGCGUGAUUCUUCCCGACGCACUAACAACUUAUUCCGGGCCUUUGUCCAUCGUCUAUAAAACUGAGGACCCAAGUCAAGACCAAGAGUGCUCCUACUGGUCUUACGACACACUCCAGAAGCAAGCAGGUUUCUGGAAAUACCACACUACUGGUAAAGCAUUGUCUUCCUUGCUUCAGUGCGAUUUCUGGCACACCACACAUUUCGGGGUCCUCAUUCUUGACAAAAUGUAUCAAGAAAAAUCAGCUUUGAAGUUAACUACCGCAGCAUGUUCUUCGUUGUCUCUAGCGGGUUACUUUUUCCUGUUUCUAACUGCCUGUUUUUGCAAAAGUUGGAGAUCGAAUAGUGCUAACAAACUUUUGCUGAAUUUCGCUUUCUCCAGUCUGUUUCAAACAUUAGUGUUUUAUCUUUCGAUCAACUUGCACAAGCAAUAUCUCACGAGUCGUUUCUUUUGCGUAGCUAGUGGUUUAGUUCUUCAUUAUUCGGUCCUCGUCCAGUUUUGUUGGAUGUUUGUUAUUGCGCACUUCCAAUACAAGAAACUCAUUUUGAACAACAAUGAUCAAACUCCACACUUAUUGUUAAAAACGAAUUUGAUGACUUGGUGCCUCCCACUUGUCAUUGUUAUUAGUAUCGUGGCUACAUAUGGUGAUAACUAUAACAAUACUGUGGGUGGUAUUUGUUACCCUUCGGGUACUGCAUUGUAUUUCGGUGUUUGGUGGCCCAUUUCUUUAGUUAUAGUUAAUAAUUUUUUUAUAUACAUCUUUAUAAUUGACACAGUUCUUAACACAAAAGAUCGUUUGAGAAGACACGGAUCGGAUGAUACGUUUUACCAUGUAAUACGUCUUGCGUCUCUAUUUUUCUUUUUUGGACUUACUUGGAUUUUUGGAUUUUUGGCAGAGGUAUCUCACAGCGUAAUUUUUGUCUAUUUGUUUGAUACCUUUGCGACAUUGCAAGGAUUUGUGUUAUUUUUGAUAUACGUGGUAUUUAAUACUGAUUUCAAAAAAAUUUGGUUAAACACUUAUAAAAGAAGUAGUAGACGCCAUGAAGAGGACAUCCUUAUGCGUAGUCAUUAA